UGGACGUUAAGCGGCUAGAAAUACACGAUGGCCCAAGGCAUCGGACUUUGUCUAUUUUCGGCCCCCAUCUUAUGAUCAGACUGGUGCCACGGGAAUCUCACACCCAUGCCCAAGUCAUCCCCAACCCAAUCUACACAGUCUUCUACGCUAUACAGAUAUAGCUCAAAGCGGAUCUAACUAUCCUCUGCUUAUUUGCCCAAAUUCAUGAUGAAACGAUUCAUCACCCGACUUGUCUACAUCGCCACGCCCAUCGGCGUAACAACAUACGGUAUCCAUCGCGGUCUAUCGCACCUAGAAGAGAAAUACCCCAACCUCCCCACCUCCCAAAAUGCAAGCAAUGCACUCCUGAUACCUGCAAACCCCAAGACCCAGCGCUGCGCAUAUACCGACAUCUUCGCGGCGCGUAUACCCCUAUCAGCCCUAGAAGCGCGAACUCAACCCGCCGGCAGGCACGACCAAGUCUCCCUCGAAGAGGCAUGGGCUCGAUCCGUACUUGGCAGUCGAAUACUUCGCACCGAAGCAUCUCUGGUUGGCCUCUUCACUGGACGCACUUUUAGUCCCGGCGAUAUAGGCGCGCAGGGCUUUUACACCAGCCCAGAUGGCAAGCCGCAAGAACUACUUAACGGGGUAGCUUAUACACAACAUGCACCCGGUGCUGAUGCAGAUAGUCAAGGAUUGCUGAUUGCUUGGUAUAUGGCUGAUGAGCCGCGGCGAUUCUUCGAGAAGAUGGCUCGGUGGGGUUAUCCGUGGCGAUUGAUGUCUGGAGGUCGACACGAGAUGAGUGUUUCGCAGCCUUACGAGAUCCCCGGGCAGGGACGGGUUGUCGAUGUGAAGUUCAUGGGCGCUCAUGACUAUGAGAUUGUAAGGGAAGAAGGCGAUGAGCAGAAGAUUAUUCCUGCUUGGGUGAUGCGGUUGCACGCUGGUUAUGCGCGGUUGAUACUUGAUCUGGCAGCGCGGGAAGUUGUGGAGGAGUAUGGGAAGGCGAAGGGUCGAGAAUGA